GAGUUGGCUUGGGGCCCCCGGAAACGGGCGGAAUCGCAGAUAUGCCCUCGGGGGCGCGCCUCCUUCUUAUCCCCUGCCCUCUGCGCCCGCCUCUCUCUGUCUCCUCCUCCCUUUCCCCUCCCAAGGCCAGGCCAGCCUUGCCCUCUCCGCGUCCAGGAAUCCGCCAUGAAGGGGGCCAAAUCCAAGGGCGCCGCCAAGGCCGAUGCCAAGCUGGCGGUGAAGAGUAAGGGGGCGGAGAAGCCGGCCAAGGGCAGGAAGGGAAAGGCCGGCAAGGACCCCAACAAGCCCAAGAGGGCGCCCAGCGCCUUCUUCGUCUUCAUGGAGGAAUUCCGCAAGGAGUUCAAGGAGAAGAACCCUAAAAACAAGUCUGUUGCUGCGGUGGGGAAAGCUGCCGGCGACAGGUGGAAAUCCCUGACAGAAGCGGACAAGGCUCCUUAUGUAGCCAAGGCCAAUAAACUCAAGCUUGAGUACAACAAGGCCAUUGCGGCCUACAACAAGGGCGAGAGCACUGCUGCCAAGAAGGCUCCUGCCAAGGAGGAAGAGGAGGAGGAUGAAGAGGAGUCUGACAAGUCAAAGUCUGAGGUCAACGACGAGGAUGAUGAAGAGGGUAGUGAGGAGGAUGAAGACGAUGACGAGUAAGCUCAGGUCAAGUUGAUGCUCCAUUCAACAAUGGAGUGCCAGAAUGCAAAGGCCCUGUGUCGGGAAUUAAAAGGAGCCUAUCCAGUCUACUAGAAUUAUUCAGUUUCACUUCACAUCGUGAUGUUUUACUUUUGUCUGUCCUAUAAUGGAUAUCGCUCCUUGUUGGCGCCACCGGCGGGCUAGUGUUUGCACGGUGGGCACACCGGCAAUACCCGCUUGUACCUAGAUUACCGUUUCCAUUGUCAUCAGCUAACAUUGUGAUAAUAUCAGUUUGGGUAAUGUUAGAUUAAGUAAUCAUCGUUGUCCUCCA